CGAGGCGUAGUUCAACUCGAACGAGCCUCCUCGCAUGGUUUCGCAAGACAGAGAAAUGGGGAUGAAAUUAAGAGACUUGGGAUGUACCCAAGAAGUCAUAGAAACAGUUACUUCCUCUUAGAUCCGAUCUGUAGGCUACUUGUUUACAGACCUCGUUUGGAUUUAUUCAUGUAUGUUUAUAAAUAUAUAUUUAUGUGGAAACUUGCGUUGUGUCUGUCUGUGAAAACUUCAUGCAUCAUUGGGGUCAUGCAGUUGGUGGAGCGGCGCCUGGUUCUAAAAUCUGCGGCCGCUCAAGUCUGCACAGGACUGGCUCGUCUCAAACCAGCCUAAUGACUACUUUUCCCGUCACGCUUUGUGGCGUCACGUGACCAACCGUCACGUUAUACAUCUAAAGGUAUCAACCGUUAAAAGACAACUGUCACCAUUUCCUGUCGUUACUUACGACCGAAAAAUAUAGUUGACAUCGCGCAGAACGGAAACACGCAAAGUUACAGGUAGCAAAAUCAGUCAUGGGUCCUGCUGAAAAGAAGCCGACAGGCCUAUUUGCAGCCACGUUUACUCCAUUCACCACACAAGGUGAAGUCAACCUAGUAGAGAUUGGACCUUAUGUUGACUACUUGCAAGAGAAGCAAGGUGUUAAUAGCAUAUUUGUGAAUGGGACCACCGGAGAGGGCCUGUCUCUCACUGUUGCAGAGAGGAAGAUCCUGGCUAAGGAGUGGUGUCAGAAAGCCAAGGGCAGAUUAGAUCACGUGAUCGUGCACGUCGGCUGCAUGAAUCUUAAAGACUCCAAAGAACUGGCAGCACAUGCAGAGCAGAUCGGGGCUCAUGCCAUUGCCGCCAUGGCCCCGUUCUUCUUCAAGCCCAAAACUGCAGACGCCUUGAGGUCGUUCCUCCAGGAAGUGGCUUCGGCUGCCCCAACUCUGCCUUUCUAUUAUUAUCAUAUUCCAUGUAUCACCGGUGUUAAUUUGCCAGUGAGAGAUGUGUUGGAAGGGAUUGAAGAGCUCAUUCCCUCCUUCAGAGGUGUGAAGUUCAGUGGGACUGACCUGAUGGACCUUGGCUACUGUGUCAGCAACUAUCCGCCUCACUGGUCCUUCCUCUACGGCUCGGAUGAGCAACUGCUUGCAGCUUUGGCUAUGGGGGCCGAUGGAGCAGUUGGAAGCACUUACAACUACGCAGGACGUCAUUUCAACAAGCUCAUCUCGGCAUUUAAGGACGGCGAUGUUGUCCAAGCCAGGAAGAUACAGUUCAAGAUGCAAGAGCUCAUCUGUUACGCCAUGAAACUUGGCUUUGACGUGGGAGUGAACAAGCAGCUGAUGAACGAGUUGUCAGGCUUGAGCCUCGGGCCCCCUCGACUCCCUGUGACGCCGUGCCCUUACGCUGACGUUGGGCUCAUCGUGAAGAAAUACCGUCAAAUUUAUGCUGACUGUUGAUAUUUUGUUGACUGUUAAAAUCCAUCAUUAGCUCAACACAGCACAUUUACACCUUGAAUCAAAAGUUACUGUUAAGAGAUGUUUUUCACGAGUCAGUACUUACCUUUUUAAUGGGGGGAAAAAAAUCAAAUAUGUUAACCAAUAUUUUAAUCUCUUUUUUUAUGAUUUCUUAAAUGUAAGAAUAACUAACUCAGGGAAAUGUGGCACUUUUGUUUCUGCUACAUGUAGGAAAACGGAGACUGUCACGUGGCAUUCAUAGAACUUAAAAAUGAUCACAGUGAACCAUCCUCAAAAAAUGUCAAACAAGAGUCAAAGCUUUACUAAUUCAUUGUUUUCGUGUUUGAAGUUCGUAGAAUGUUUUGCCACCAGUGAAAUGAAAGUUCAGCAUUAUUUUUCCACUUUGAAAAAUACAAAAAGUUAUGGAAAAACCCAGGCGUUAAGCUCUCUCCAUCAGAGGGACGAUAACGGAGACAGAAGAAGUGUUAAAAUGAAUGCUGUGUCAUGAAAGAAUAAACACUCCAAAAAAGGGAAUGAAACAUCUUGGUCGUAAGAAGGGAGCAUAAAACACAGAUUCAGCCUGUUUUGAGUUAGAAUUCAUACUGUUUGUUGUUUGUUGUUGAAUUUCUUAUUAAAGGGCAAUAUACUGUA